AUGGCUCCUUCAUUUCCUCUUGCAGGGCUUGCUUCGGAUGGUUGGUCGACCGAUAAAGAGGCCACGGCGACCUGUUUCUGCGGAGCCGUUCAGCUGGCAUUCCCUAUUGAAGGCCCUGGCCUUAUCAACAGCUUUGUCUGUCACUGUUCCGACUGCAGAAAGAUCACCGCCAGCAUGUUUGCCUCUAACUUUACCAUCGACGACCGCUACCUACGCCACGUGCGGGGGAAGGAAAACCUGAAGACCUUUGCGCAAUCCAAGACUAUUGGAUCAGGCAAGCUCAUGACCAACCAUUUCUGCGCGACGUGUGGCAGUCUCAUGUACCGGGUCGGCGAAGCCUUUCCUGGCCAGUCGAUCCUUCGUCUCGGCACGGUUGAUGAUUUCCAAUUGAGCGAAACGAAGCUCAAGCCUACGGUCGAGCAAUUUACCAAGACCCGGGUUGCUUGGUGCAAUCCUAUAGAGGGAAUGGGCCAAUCUAAUGGGAUGUCGAUGUAA